GGAACUGCCCCGUUCGGAAUCAAAGGCGUAGGCUCCGGUCUGGCAGUCAUAGCAUUCAGAGAACUGUUUCCCAGACCCCCAUUCCUGUCGAGAACCGAUCAGCCGAGCCGAGGAAAAUGAACGACGAGAACCCCAGUGUGGAGGAACAGCGCGAGCGGAUCGACAACGCGAUGAUCAACGCCCUGGACGACCUGGACCGCGAGUACCUGCGCAAGCUGCAGGUGCAGAUGCACGUCUGCGCCACCAAGUGCUGCACGGACGCGGACGCCAGCGCCGAGGCGGUCCAGCGGUGCGUCGACCGUUGCCAGUUGCCCCUGACCCGGGCCCGCUGCUACGUCCAGCAGGAGCUGUCGGACUUCGAGAACCGCCUGGAGGCCUGCGUGCAGAAGUGCCACCGGAUGCUGGGGGGCAUUGGGGACUGCCACCUGGAGCGGUGCUCCAUCGAGUGCAUCGACGGGCAUGUGGCCCUGCUGCCGGAAAUGCUCAGGGCCAUGCGGGUCACCCUGGAGAAGGGUCUGUGAGACGGGAAGCUCCCCAUUCCACUGGUAUUAUAUUUUUGUUAACCGCCCGAACCUCCGAAAGUGGAAUCUCUUCCGCAAAACUCACCCCCCAGUUGGUCGAUUGCUUAUUCCUUCGCGUAAUUAGCAAAUGCAUUCUCUUCGAUAAGCGGAAAGAAUGAAUACAGUUUGUUGGCCUUAUCUGUUUGAACAAAAUACACUUUGUUGCCGAAGCCAUAACUCUUUUUUAACGGUCGCUGGGACACGGUUUAAAAGGGGCUGCCUCCGCGAGGCCGUUCAUUCCAAAAUGCAUCACACUGGGUGCUUCGGGUUGCUCCUCCUGCUGGCCGUCUCCGGCAUGGCCUUCGAUCUGAGGGCGCCUUCCGUCCAUCGUGUGCGCUCCUCGGAUGUCUCCGCUGGCCACGCUGCUCCCCACCCAGAGAGUCUCAGGGGAGCACUCGAGAGGUUCGGCCUGAAGCAGGAGAGCACUGAUCUCAUCCUUGGAGCCUUGGAAAAGUUUAAGGCCCUCAGCCUGCAGCCCGAUCUUAUCGAAAAGAGAGCCAAGGCCAUAGAUGGGAUGUUCCUGGAACUUGUAGGUGCGCUACUGAAGGUGGAGGAUUCGGGUCCGAUGAAGCGUUGCAAAGGACACAGACCCAGAGGAACCCGCUCCGGGAAACCACAUGCUAAGGCUUCAAACUGAAAUUAUAGAGCUUGUUGUCCCAAACUGCAAUUAAAAUUCAAAAAGGA